GCGAGGCUGACACGAGCCCCCUGCAAGGUGGUGUUGCAGUUUGUCAAUCCAGCCGCUCCUCCCAGCCUGGUGCCAGCGGCAGUGCAGCAGAGUGACACCUGAUAGCCUGAUCUUGCCGCUCUCCGCAUCUCACGCUCCGUACUCAGCGUAGUCACUGCCUUCUGAUGCAUCAUUCGUUAGUUGAACAAUUUUUCGUUUUUCCGCGGCAAGGAUACGCGGCGGAUGUGAUGAUGCCGGCCGACAAGGCUUGAUGGGCGACUGACGGCGAUGUGAAUGACCGUCGAUGCAAUGCCUGCUGUGGUACUUCUACUGUUACCGCCUCCGAUAAUUGAAAGACGAUAGCUUCUUUGAACGUCUCAGUGCGCCGAUACGACGUUUCGACUAUUCAGUUAACAAAUAAGGUCGGGGGCUGAUCGACUUGAAGCUUGAUCGCGUGCGUUGCGGCGCGGCGAGGAUGGGGUCGCUGACGGCGGACGACGAGCAUCUGCACCUGCGCGUGCCGAACGUGCCGGCCAUGGUCAUCAAGUCCAUCAACGAGCGCGUCGGCGAGACGCAGUCGCUGCUCACCAAUGUCGGACGGCAAGCGACAGCGAUGGCGGAGCGAGCGACGCUGCGGGAUCGCGUGAUAGCGGCGCUGGCGGCGCUGCUGGCGGUGGCGGCCAUGGCGUUCAGCCUCGCGCUCUCGCUGCGCCCCGCGCCCUCCAUCGUCGACGCGCCGCUCGUGCUCGACACCGAAGCGGACAUCCAGGACGUGACGUGGCGCGGCUACGCAGACUACGAGAUGCGCAUCGCCCCACUCGACCGACACGUCUCACGCCCCUCCCUGCCCUUCCAGCCCAUCCCGCGCGGCCCGCAUGGCUUUGUGCAGUACAGUGCGUACCGCCUGUCGGCGCGCACCUUCGCCGUGGUGGGGUUCGGCGCACACUUCCUCAAAGACCACCUGGGCGAGUUGAAGUGCACGUGGGUGGAGAGUGGCAACGCCAGCAGCACGGGUGAGGCCAAGGCAGUGUACGGCGGGCUCAACGGGUGGGCCGACUACGACGCCGUGCUCGUCAAGUGCGAGUUUGAGGCGGCCACGGGCGCCAUGGGCGGGGACCUCUUCCUCACCGUGGCCGGGGAGGAGUUCAGAGCGUUCCGCGAGGUUCAGGGCGAGGAGCACGUGAUCGACCCGCCCAAGGAGGACGCCCUGCCCCAUCUGCUCGCCGUGUGCGCCGUGCGCCUGGCGCGCCCCGUGGAGGCGCGGCCCAUGUUCGAGUGGCUGUCGUUCCACUGGCACGUGGGCGUCUCGCUCUUCCGCCUCUACGACCACGGCUCCAUGGACACGCACCUUGCUGCCGUGCUCGACCCCUGGCUCGCCAACCAGACGGCGCAGGUCAUCCCCACGCGCCACCUGGCGCCCUUCCGCAUGGAGUACGACGCGCACGCGCUGUCGGCGCUAGACUGCCUGCACAGCACGCCCUUCCUCGCGCGCUGGGUCACCGUGCUCUCGCCCGACUCCUACCUCUUCGUGCCACCACCCGCCUCCAUAGUGGAAUUCCUCUCGGCGCACGCGGACAAGUCAUGGGUGACGAUCGGGUCGCAGGAGUGGUCGCCCAUCAAGUGCCGCGACGGGCUCAAGAUGGACGCGGCGGGUGCGUGGGAGGGGCGGUGGGAGGCGGCGCCGUUUGCCGUGGAGUGGCUGGCGUUCAGACGCAAGGAGGCGGAGUGCGCUGACGGGGGGGAGGACAGGGAGACGUGCAUCGGGGAAUCAGGACAGCGCUCGCAUUUCACCAACCCCAGGAAGGCGGGCAUUCUGGGCUACUUUGACGUGCGCGAGACGGACCAGAACGGCGUGCACGCGGCAUUCAGUGCGGUGCACAAGAACCACUACCCCAACCUGCACGAGCUCGCUGUCUUCAACUCCACGUGCUCAGAGGUGGUGGGGGACGACGAGUUCGCCGAUGGAUGGGUGCGCGAUGUCACCUUCGCGGACUACGCUAAAUCUGUUAGGAAAAGUCCCCAGCCUGAAGGAUCUACGCAGGUUCCACCCCCCACACCAGAGAGCUGAGGUGGUAGAAACUUUUUCUAUGCGUCACUGCGUGAGAGCAAAGAGAUGCUGGUGACGGGGAGCUUUGUCAACUUAUACAUAUUAUCUAUGUAGAAGUUAUAGGCUAGACUGAGGUAUGCUUCUAGUGAGUACAACCAACUAGUAUUUGUUCUAGGUUUCCACCUCUAGGGGUGUGUCAACUUAUACAUAUUAUCUAUGUAGAAGUUAUAGGCUAGACUGAGGUAUGCUUCUAGUGAGUACAACCAACUAGUAUUUGUUCUAGGUUUCCACCUCUAGU